GCUUGGGGGCGGGGCGGCAGGCGUGUGCAUUAGAUACGGCGCCUGCGCACCUGUCUCUGGCGGACGCGUCACGCCAAUAGCCACCAUAUGCAGGGUAUUUAAACCCGCGGCGAGAAUCCAUCUGCGCCUCAGGCUAGAUGACUCCAGAGAAGAUCACACAACAUCUAUACAGUUAUGUCUCUCAUCGUAGACCUGCACUCUGCUGCUAAACAGCAUCUUAAAGGAUUUAAAAGGUCAUUAACUUUGAGACUUGCUGCUGAAAUCUUGGCUGUAGAUUGUGGUUUAAAGCCAUGCUUCCUUUAUGACUUAGGUGCAGUAGAUGUCCUGCAAAUCCAGAGAUAUCUCAAGGAGCUUCAUCAGAUUGGUUUCAUACAGGGGCCUUUGCACAUUCUUAACAUGGAAGGAACUACACUCAUCAUCAAUGUGCCAAGGGCAGCUUCCUACUUGGCGAUGCUUCUCAACAGUGGUGAUCUACAGGUAAUAGAUGUUUCUGCCACACUCAAGCACCCUGAAUUGUGUGCCUCAGAUCGUCUUUGGAUCAUACAGUCCGAGCUUUCAGAUCUCCUGACACACCUAACACCUUACCAGAGUGAACUGCCAGGAGCCAUUUCAGCAGCGGAGAUCCCUACUACUGGGUGGAAUCUGUGCACCAUCUUUGGUUGCCUCCUGAAUUAUCCUGCAGUCUACUGGUUUGAAACUACCAGGAACUUUGAGAACUGUUUGUCUUUUACCCCACUGAGGCAUGUGACUGUAGACACCACCUGCCCCAAAAUAGGACUCCGUAAACUGCAGGUGUAUUCCUUCACUAUUCCAGAGUCACUAUACCAUACCCUGCAGUUGCUCCUCCAGGUCUGGACAGACAGUUUAAAGCAAACAUUUAAUGGACAGUGUCACUUCACAAACCCUGAAAUUACUACGAAAACUGUAACACUACCGACUGUUGCUCUCUGAAAGGAUAUCAUUGUAAAGAGUUCUCUUCGUGCUUGGUCUUUCAUGCUGGAGAGGCUCUGGUUUACUGCCCUUACCUGUACGAAUUGGCAGCUUACUGAUUAGAUGUUAACUGGUUCCACAGCUUCUUUGAAUUCCUGCCUGACCAUGGCUCUAGUGUACUGGCAUGACUACAGUACAAUAGAUUUGCUGUCAGGCAGGAAUUGAUGCUGGAAGUUUGGUCAGAUGAGCAGUGUUUGGUCCAGGAAAUGCAGCCAUCACAUGGAGCAUAUACCUUGGAGCCAACACGCUUGUGUGAAACUGGCCUAGAGGGUUACACCCAUCUUGUGACGUGAUGUCAUAUCACUAAGAUAUACCAUGAUCGGCGGGGGUCUGACUUCUGCAAUCCUGAGCAUAAGGGCUCAACGAUUUUCACAUCCUUGUGCCAUCCAAGUGUAGAAGGGACAGCAAAUGGACUGAACACUGACACAUUAAAGAGCAUCCAUUAGCAUGAUCAACCCUAUUAAACGAUGCAUGCUGAGUUAGACCAUUUAUUUCUUUUUUUUCUAUAGGAUGAAUAGCUGUGGAAAUAUAAAUGUUUUUAUAUUUAUGACCUAUUUGGAGCACCUAUUUGGAGGCUGGUCAUAGCAUUAGCAGCACUGUUAGCCCCUGUGCUCCGUGUACUCCCCCCUUCCAAUUGAUAGACAUCUCGUCUAGCCCUGUGUUCUUGAGCCAGCACAGACUUAACUUGGCACAGCAUCUGAUGAGCAUUGCUCUCAGAGCAGUGGCAACUUGGCGCUUGCACAAUGGAUUUUCUGCUGCUUCCCAAGUUCAGAAAGCAGUGCUCAUCUGAUCCACUGUGCAGGCGCUGACUCUGCACUGGCACGAGAACACAAGGCUAGAUGAGAUGUCAGUCAAAUGGGAAAGGGGGAGGGGGGCGGCUAACACAGAUAUAGGGGUGUAGAGCUAGCGGUGCCCCUAGCAUUAUGGCCAGCCCCUUGGUGCUCUUGAUGCUCAUUAGCACAAAAAUAAAACGUCAUAUCUCCACAACUAUUGACCCUAGAGAAUAAAGAAAUACAUUGUUGUACUAAGCAUGAUCAAUCUUACCAGACAAUAUGCCUGGUGUAAUAGGGUUGAUCAUGCUGCCAGAUGCUCUUAAGUCAGUGAGGGACAUUUACUAAAGUGUUUACACCACUAUUGUGUCGUUAGUCGCAAAUUAUGGCUUCUCCCACACUUCAGGGCAGAGAUGUGCCUAAUUUAUUAAAAGGCUUCUGCCGCCUAAUAAAUUAGAUGCAUCUCAUGCCAGCUAGGGGAGAUCAAGACUGGCGUAUGGAUUCUCUAGUCUUGAUAAAUGUCCUUCGAUGGAUCCAUGCACUUGCCCAUAUUUUGGGUCAGUGAAAAGAAAUGGACAUCACAUGGACAGAUUUGGAAAACAGAUGACAUAUUGAUGCAAAAACAGACUAACUGCUUCCACACAGAUGGAAAAUGAUCUGUUUGUAGCUGAAUAAGCCCCAUGGGGGUAGCAGCGACCGAGUAUCCCUCUACCUCCUUUACAAUUUUUUCCUGCCCAGUGGUGCCCGUCCACCUGACUGUGCGCAGAACUGUGACUGGUGCUGGUUGAAGUUCCCUG